CUCAAAUCACCGCAUCAGCACCCAUCGCGAACUCAAUUGCCAUCACCGCCCACAAUGGAGCCCUCAAUCCUCGUGCGCCAACUGCUUCGUACACCAGCGUCCUGCCGCACAACUCUCGUCGCGACCCGCAACUUCUCUCUCGCACCCUCCCUCCCACACGCACGCUUCCUAUCCACCCCAACAAUCCUCCGCCCCAGCUUCUGGGCUUCCAUGAUCCCCAAACCCCUAAAAGACCGCGGCUCCGCCCCCAAAUCGCGCGGGUGGAAUCCCGCGACGCCCUACAUAAUCCUAUCACUCCUCGUCGGCUCACAAGCGAUCCAAAUUCUGUGGCUGAAGCAAGAGCGUGCGCACAGUCUGCACAAAGCGGAGGCGAAGAUCGGCUUGUUGAGGGAGGUGAUUGAGCGCGUGCAGAAUGGGGAGGAUGUCGAUGUGGAGAAGGUGUUGGGGACGGGGGACGAGGGGAGUGAGAGGGAGUGGGCGGAGGUGCUGAGGGAGGUUAAGGAGGAGGAGGCGUUGUUUCAGAGUCGGAAGAAAAGGAGGGCGCUGAGAGAGGAAGCGGCGCGGGAGGAGAGGGAGCAGGCGGGUGUUCAUGAUGAGAAGAAAGAGAAGGGAGUGGCAAAGGUCGAGAGUAUUGGGGGAGUCAAGUUUUAUUAGAAGGAUGGGGUCGUAAAGUCCUAAGGUCGUCAUCGUUAAUACACAGUCCUCGCCAGCA